AUGGCUGCUCGAAAGCUAUAUACCACACCGCAUCGCUCCGCGACGGAUCGAUCAUUUCAAGCGCUCAUCGUGCUAAGCAUGGUGCAUCUCAUCUUACUUACCAUUCACUGCCUCCGCCCGCGCCAGGACCCCAAGCCUCACUAUUUGCUUGAGAUAUCAAUAUUCGUUCUCUUUAUUUGUGUCAAUGUUGUCGUAAUUGGCAUUGGUCUAUCGGGCUUAACGCACGGGGCAUUCCCGCUAGCCCUAGAGCUUCAGAAUAAGGAUAUUAAAGCUAAAGGCUCGAGCACAAAUAUCUCCAGACCUUAUAUGAUAUUCUUCACUUCAUGGUCUGGUGAAGGUACAAUUGAGUACACAAACGGUUCAGCAGCAAGCAAAGUAAUUCUGGGUUUGAGAGAGAUGGAUAAAGAUUUGACCUCGGGCCAGCAAAACCCAACAAAAGAACCAACAGAUCUCAGGAUCAAGAUGACAACCAAAUCACAGCAUAUGAUCUAUUGA